CAUGCAAAACUUGUUAACGGUUUCGUCUGUAAGGACCCAAAAGCCGUGAUGGCGGACCACUUCUUCCUCGCGGCCAAACUCGACAUGCCAAGAGACACAAAGAUAAGCAAGGUUGGGUCGAACGUGACAUUGAUUAACGUCAUGAAGAUUGCUGGUCCCAACAUGCUUGGCAUCUCCCUCACACGCAUCGACUACGCACCCCUAGGCGAGAACCCUCCGCACAGACACCCCUGUGCCACUGAGAUCCUCACCGUACUUGAGGGUACGCUCUACGUCGGCUUCGUCACAUCCAACCCGGAAAACAAGCUCUUCUCCAAGGAGCUCAGGAAGGGUGAUGUGUUUGUUUCCCCACAAGGACUCAUCCACUUCCACUUUAACCCCAACCCCUACAAGCCAGCGGUCGCAAUUGCCACACUUAGCAGCCAGAACCCGGGGGCAAUUACCAUUGCCAACACCGUAUUUGGAUCAAAGCCUAUGAUCUCGGAUGAUGUUCUCGCCAAGGCCUUUCAGGUGGAGAAGACGACUGUGGACUGGCUCCAAGCUCAGUUCUGGGCAGACAACCACAAUUAA